AUGGCGUAUACGGAUGUCCCAAUGCCGCUUGUAGUCGAUACACAUCAGGAGAUCAACAAUAGCAACAAUGUCACCACUAGAAGUAGGAUUCGUUUAAAGACAACAGCGGCCGCCGUGACAGAUUGCCAUCGAUGCCAUCGACACUCGUCCUCUACCUCCUCUGCAGCUGCACCCACGACCCCUUGCUAUCCUACGCUUUCAUCCAUCACCUCCUCCUCCUCUUCUUCCACUUGUUCUUUCAACGCCAAGAGUCAUCGCCGCCGGUACUCCAUCCAAUCCUCCUCAACAUCAUCUACCUCUCCCUCGUCAGCAACGUCUACAGAACGCAGCCAUUCUCAACAGCGUCGUGUUUCGCCUCAUCACAGUCAUGGCCACAGCCACAGCCACCACUACCAGAGCCCCUCAACCCAACUAUACCCGGAUCACCUCCACCACCACCGCAGUCGCACCAUGAACACGGGCUCGCUCCACGCCGUCCCUGUUGUCCCCUCUGCGUCGUUCUUCCGCCGGAUCAUCAAAGUCUUUGUCGGAACAACAGGCAGCAACACCGGUAGUAGCGCCGAUGAACAGUUUAUGGAUCCCCGUCAGACGGGAGGAUUACUAUUCAACAGCAGUCAACGAUCCAAAACAAGCGGUCUGGUCGAUAGCGAACCUCAGACGGACGAGAGUGGGUCAUGUGAGGAAAAUGACUGCAUCUGCGAUGACCACUAUGGCGAUGGCUAUGGCGAUGGCUAUGGUUACCAGGACCACGAUGCCUUCAUGGCUAUGAGCGCACCAGGCCCGUCUUCCAACUCAAGUGUUCGUCAGAAGAAACGAAGCAACAGCAUCGCGAGUGCAUCGACCAGCGCCAGUUCCACGGACAACUACUCUGGAGGAGGUCGCAGCAGCAAGAAUCGACCAGGACGAACCGGUAGCAUUGGGGGAACCAGUGUCAGGUCGAGCAGCACCACCAACAGCACCGGUACAGGCGCCAUGACCAACCGACGGUCAUCGAUCACCAGCAGCAUGACUGGUGAGAGCGUGUGCGACUAUAGUGGCACCAGCAGCAGCGGCAGCAAUGGACGUCCGGGCGACAAGGGCCGUCGCGGUUCGAUCGCCAAUCAGCAACAGUACCGCCAACACUUUACAGGCAUGGGAACCUUUGCUCCUCAAGGAAACAAUGCUGCGAUGAUUCAUCAGAGCCAGCAGGACCCCAUGAAGCGACGUCUCAGCUUCUUUAAAUCUAUGGCUGCCAACAUGGCGGCUGGGGGGGCUAGCUCUCGACGCGGGUCAGCCUUUUCGACCACGACAGCGGUCAACUUGACUGGGAUCACCCUCCCCGAUGAGGACGACGAUGCCGACUUGGAUGGUGAAGGAGGCGAGGACGAUGAUAUGGAGAGCGUUGACGCAGACAGUUUUGACGACGACGAGGAUAUUGACGCCUAUAAUGAUAAUGACUUUAAUGAUUACGAAACGGACGAAGACGACCACCGGAUGGCGGUUGACGAAGUGUAUGCGAAUGGUGUGAUGCCGACCCGCGAUGUAGAGCUGGAGCUCCACCGCCACCGCCGCCAGGACCGUGCCCGGCGAUCGACCCAGCGCCAGACGCGCCAGCUCCGCCGCCAGAGCCUUCUGUCGGACAACAACAACCUGAUGUAUCGUAACAAGACAGGAGGUUAUAUCAUGUUUCCUCCUCCCUUGCCCGAAUACGCCCAGCGGCCGACCCCGAUCCAGCUCCCGGAAAUCCUGCAUCUGAUCUUCCAGUUUGUGGUCGACCUGACACCUCAAGAAGACUACUCUCAGCGCGAGAUUUACAGCUGUCUUCUGGUCAGCAAGCAGUGGUACCUGGUCGCUCAGAAGACAUUGUGGCGUGAGAUCCGGAUCAAGAGCCCUGACAAGUUGGCUCUCUUUGUCGACCUUCUCAAGCGUACCGAUACGGUGGAAUGUCUUGGAAUCGAGAGGAACAGUCAGGCCGUUACCAGCAGCCAACAACAACAGCAACAAAGCGCUACUUCAAAAACUACGCCUGUCAUUGCAACUGCAACCACCACUACGAUCACCCAGCAGCGCCCAAGACGACUUAGCUUCUUGCUCAAGGGUCAAUCUGGCCAGCAAGAGACCGCCCCUGCCAUUGGUGCCGGUGCCCUGAUUGUAGCGCCUGCACAGCAACGGCCACCGUUAGACGAAGAAUCGAUCAUGGCUCCUUCUGCUAUGGUCAAGCGUCUCCACGAGCGUGCCUCGGCAGUCAAGAAGAUUGUCCUCCACAAGCUCAAGUUGAUCGAGGAUGCCGACGUCCUCCCUCUGACCUCGUGGUUCCAUAACCUCCACAUCAUCGAAUUCUAUAUCUGUGAGAAGUUGACGGAUCGUAUUGUCAUCUCGAUCGCCGAGAAUUGCCCUCAGCUGCAACAGUUGUUGAUGCCCGGCUGUGCCAAGGUGACGGACCAAGGAAUCACUCAGGUCGCGUUGAAUUGCCCACGAAUGCGACAUUUGGACCUGAGGGCUUGUUCGAACGUGUCGGACGAGUCGCUGAUCCUGGUGGCGCGUCACUGUCGCGAUUUGUGGCACUUGAAUGUUGGUCGGGUUAGUGCUGCAGGUAGGGUGACGGGCAAGAGUAUUGUCGAGCUUGCCAAGAACACGGCUCUGAACACCCUUGGGCUUGCGGGCUGUGCAAUGACUGACGAUGCCGUAAUUGAGAUUGCGCGUUACUCUCGCUCAGGUCUCCACCGCAUCUCGCUGAACAGCUGCCCGUUGUUGACGAGCUCGUCGGUCCGGGCACUGAUGCAGCUGUGCCCGAACCUGGCGGUGCUCGAGAUCAAGCAAUGUCUACUUGUGACAGACAUGGCGACAUUGUAUCGGUUCUCGACCAGGCGGGUCCUGGUUGAGUUGUGUCCUGAACUCCAGAAGCGGUUGGUCGAUUACAAGUGUGAGCUUCAGGCCAUGAAUGCGUCGAUCCAGUCCAACAAUGUCACCUCGGCUGCUCAGGUUGCUGGCGGUGAUACUCACGGUUCAUCUGAGGAACAGCAGCAGCAGCAGGAACAGCACGCAGCACCACCUUCAUCCAACACUUCAACUGUUGCUCCCCAUUGA